AUGCCUCCCCUCAACAUCGCCAUAAUUGGCAGCGGCAUCGCCGGCCUCCUGGCGGCCCGCAUCCUCCGCGAACAACACCAGGUAACCAUCUACGAGCGCACCCCGUCGGCCAACGAAACGGGCGCGGCCAUCAACAUCGGGCCCAACGGGAUCGCGAUCCUGGAGAGUGUGGGCCUGGACCGGGCGCGGGCGCGGGCCAUCCCCGUGGCGCGCACCAUCGCCUACAACAAAGCCGGGGCGGUGACGGCCGACACGACGGUGGACUACCGCCGGGAGUUCGGGGCGGAUUGGCUGUUCUUCCACCGGGCGGAUCUGCGGGACGAGCUGUUGCGGUUGGCGACGGCGCCGUCGGAGGAGGUGGGGGUGAUGGGGUGUCCGGCGAGGGUGAGGUGGGGGGUCGGGGUUGUUGGCUGUGGUAGUGGAGGUGGACAAGGAGAUAUCGAAAAUGGGGAGGUGGUGCUGAGUACGGGGGAGGUGGUGAGCGCGGAUUUGGUUGUGGCAGCCGACGGCAUCAAAUCCACCCUCCGCCCACUCGUCCUCCCCGCCGUCCCCAACAUCCACCCGAUCCCCGCCGGCUCCUGCAUCUUCCGGUUCACCCUCACGCGCGCCCAGGCCCACGACGCCCUGGGCUAUCUACCGGCAGCCCUCGACCGCACGCAGCCGGGCUGCAUCACCACCGUCUUCGCCUUCGACGCCACCGAGCGCCGCGUCGUGAUCUACCCGUGCCGCGACUUCGAGGUCCUGAACUUCGCCGUCAUCGUGCCGGACGCGAUGCUGUGGCGGUCCACGGCCGCGAAGCUCGCUACGAGUAACUGGUCGGCGGAGGCCGACAAGGAGGAGCUGGUCGAGCAUUUCCGCGAUUUUCCCGACUGGGUGGGGGAUUAUCUACGCGCAGCUCCCACCCCGGGCCUCCGCGUUUGGCGCCUCCACCACACCCCGCCGCUCCCCAGCUAUAUCGCCGGCCGCACGGUGCUGAUCGGCGACGCCGCCCACGCGAUGACCCCGCACCAGGGCCAGGGCGGCACCCAGGCGAUCGAGGACGCGGAGGCGUUCCGUCUGUUCCUGGGCGAGCAUGUCACGGCCGAGGCUGUGCCGGCGCUGCUGCGGGAUCUGGAUCGGGUGCGGCGGCCGCGGGCGUCGCGCAUCCAGGUGAAUAAUGUGCAGGCGCGCGGGCGCAAGUCCGCGCAGGAGGUGCAUCGCUUUCGGAGGUUCAAUUGGACGUAUCCGGGGGUUUUGGCGGAGGUGCGGCGGUUGAAUGCGGGGGAGGGGGUGGGAGAGGAGGGGGGUGCAGUGGGUUGUGGGUAUGGUUCUGGUGGUGAUGCUGCUGAAGGCCAAAUGGAUCAUGAAGAGGAGCGGGAGUGGAAGUUGUGA